AUGAUGGGACCGGCUCAAGAGGGUGCAGUUGUGAGCCUCGACCCGCCCGAUAGGCAGAUCGGCGAGGAGCCCGCGUGGGAGUCAUUUCUUGACAUACUAGAGGACAGCUACACUCCGUACGUCGGGCCGUUCCAGAGCUUCCCUUGGACCCAGAGCUUGCCGCACGGAGAGGACAGGGGCUUGACGCCGCCAUUGACGCUCAGCCUGGGCGCACCGCUUGUGUGCGCAUCGCUGGCGGAUGCCAGACCGCUUUCGGAGAAGACCUGUCCCAUUUGCAACAAGACGUUCACACGCAAGGUCUCGGUGGCCAUCCACAUGGUUGUGCAUACCAAUCUGAAGCCCUAUGCCUGCGACUUCCCCGGGUGCAAAAAGAAGUUCAACGUCAAGGGGAACCUGCAGCGGCACACGAAGUCCCACCACCUACACGGCCACUCGCGCCUGCAGACAGGCCCUCCCGCUGCCGCACCCAGCAGCACCAACAGAGUUGCUGCCGGGCCGCGCCACAGCCCUUAA